AUGUUUAUCGCCCUGCUGCAUAAGAAAGGUCUUCUGUUGAAGCUGUUCACACAAAACAUCGACUGCCUAGAGCGCGAGGCUGGUGUACCGGGAGAAUCAAUAAUUGAGGCGCAUGGCAGCUUCGCAACAUGCAUCGAAUGCAAAACACCCUACCCAGCUGAUCGCAUGCGAGACGCGGUCCAGAAUAACCAGGUCCCACGCUGCGUCGAUGCCGAUUGCAAUGGCCUCGUAAAACCAGACAUUGUCUUCUUCGGCGAGCAACUUCCCUCCGCAUUCUUCGACAACCGCGACCUCCCCACCGAAGCCGAUCUCGCUAUCGUAAUGGGCACCUCACUCUCUGUCCACCCAUUCGCCUCUUUACCACAACUCUGCAAAGACCGAACGCCUCGGUUGCUCAUUAAUAGCGAGCAGGUCGGCGACAUGGGGUCACGGCCAGACGAUGUGCUGAUGCUGGAGGACUGCGACAGUGGCGUACGAAAAUUAGCAGAAGCGUGUGGGUGGUUGGAGGAGCUUGAAGCACUCUGGGCCGAAACCGCGCGACCCGGCGAACCUGAAAAGAUCGAGGAAGAGAAACCGAAGAAGAACAGAGACGAGUUGUUACAAGAAGAAAUCGACAAACUUACCCAGGAUGUCGACAGCACUCUGAAACUUGGAAAGGACCAACAUGAAUGGCUUGACAACCAUGUCGACAGGAAAAUUGCGAGGAAAGAAGACGAUGAGACGAAAGAAAACGGCGAGAACCUUCGACCGCCUGAUGAUCCCGAGUCGAAGGUAAUGGCGCCGGUUGCGAGGUCGGAGAGUGGUUUAGGACAUGUGUUUCCGCACAUGAAGAAGCCGUCGUUAUAG